GAAUAUCCAUAUUCUUCACCAACUAUGAUCUCCACGUCAAUUACAACUAACCAAAAGUCUUAUUUUAUAUCAUAAUUCAGUGCGUAAAGUAUUUCCGUGUUAGUAUAAUUUAGAGAGGAAUAUAUUAGUUAUAGAUUACGCAAAGAUAAUAUAUAGAUUACCUCAUUCAUUUCAAUUUUCCAAAACCAAUAUCUAUUCUAGUUUUCUUUCGAGCAUUUUAUCAAACAGUUUCUCUACAUCUUUGAAGAUUCAUAACUAUGAUCAGCAAUUUUGAAUCUGAUGUUAAAUAUCUACAGAACCCAUCUUUGAUUUCUCAAUUCUUUUCUCUUUCGAAUAUCGAAAACGUUACUGAAGUUUACAGUUUCUGGAAAUGGAGUGCUCUGUUUUUCGCCAUAUUUGUUACUUUUAGUGCUUUAUUUGGAAGAAUUAAGUUUACAUUCAUUUACUUACGUAGAAUUGAGCCAUCUGAUGAGCCUAUUGUUCAGUAUCUUAGCGAAGAUUUCGACUUUUCUGAUGACGACGACGACGAAUGCUCAUCAGUCUGUUCGAAUUCGAAUGAUGAAGAGGUAAUUGCACCCAGAGGUGAUCGAGAUUUUUCUGUGGCGGGUGGGAAAAAGAGUUGUUUAAGACUUAUAAGGCGACGGAGCAGCUAUGGACUGUUUCCGCUAACUGAAUUUGUCGCCGGAGAAAAUGUUGUAAAGCUUUGGGAUUUGAAUGUUGAAGAGAAGAUGAGCGAAUUUCCGACGGUGCCUAUGGUGUUUUGGUCUGAAUGGAGAGAUGAGAGGAACGGCGUUGUUUUAGCUGGUUACGACGCGAGAAUGAGGCGUCAGUCGCCGGCGAUAUUUGCCGAUUGGGGUACAGGAAAAGUGGUGGGUAUCGGCGGCGUGGAGAAAGUGUACGUUAGAGAUGAAGUUGCCGGAGUUGUUAAGGUCGGUGAUAUGAGGAAAGCGAAAACGCCGGUGGAAAUGGUGACGGAGGUCGACGGUGCCAUGUGGUGGAACGCCGGCGCCGUUAUCGUUGACGAUGACUUUAUUAGACAUAAAUUUAUUUACUAAAAGGGAGUUGAUGCUAAUUUAUUUGGCAAUUAAUUUAACGAUGAAAUUUGAUUUUUUUCAAUAUUCUUUUUAUAGCUAACUAAAUUAGCUUAAUAUUAAAAAAUUGUAUAAUAGUUGAUAGAAGAAAAUCCUUCCUUCUAGUCUGUACAUAUAAUAUUUUGUAGAAAAUUAGAUGAAAUUUCAUAUAUAAAUAUUUUAAUACGUCUUUCUA